GAGGACGCCGCGAGGCAGGCAGACGGCAAGACGCUGACCAUGGAGCGCCUGAAGCGCAUCCAGGAGGCGGCGCCGACCUCUUUCACCGCCUGCAAGGCGGCGCUCAACUUCUACCACACGGCGGUACGCUCCAUAGAGUCCGGCGGGGCCCAGGCCGCAGACGGCAAGGGCGACGACGCCGACGGCGUGGAGAAGGCCCCCCGCAGGAGGCGGGGCCGGGGCCUGCUGAGGAUCGAGGACGAGGCGGUCUUCUCGCAGGUCCUCGAGUGGUCCGUCGCCAGCAUCCCUGGGCUGCUGCGCGCGCACGCCGGGGAGCUGCAGACAGAGCCUGGCGGCCGCGGCAAGCGGAGGAACAAGCAGCGGAAAGGCAAGGAGUCCGCCGAAGAGCUGCCUGAGGCCUCAGGUGCGACGGACGUCACGCGGUACUCGCGGUGGACGCGCGUAAAGGUGUUGGCGCAGAUCUUCUGGGACGAGACGUAUUUUCUAUUGUCCCACCUGGUGGCCCAGCACAUGCUCGAGUUCGUGCUGCGCAACUGCAGCGGACCCGACGCGCUCUCGUGGCUGUGGCCGUUCAGACACCACCGGUCACGAUUCUUCCGGCGCUCGUGCCAGCUGUGGUCCACGGCGCCCGCGCACAACGUGCGGCUCCUGGCCUUUCUGUUCAUCAGGAACGCCUCCGCUAUGGCGCUCACCGCACCCGCGCCCAAAGGGCAUGAGCGGGAGGCGGCGCAGCUGGAAGCCAUCGUCCGGCACGUGCUGAAGUCGUUUGCGGAGGCCUCGUCGAGGGGCUAUUCCUGGCGGGCGCUCAGUACGUUCCGCUUCAUGGAGAAUUGCCUCGUGGAGCUGCUGCGGCUGGACGGGCCCGUGGCCUACCGCGUCGGCUACGCCUACAUCCGGCAGCUGGCGCUGAUCCUCAGGAACGCGUGCCUCGGCGACUCUGGCGUGGGCGGCGGCAAGGAGAAGGGCAAGCCCAAGACCAAGGAGGAGAAGAGGGGGACCUUCGGCGAGCGAAAAAAACAGAAAACGGCCGCCGCCGAGGCGGGGGGCCGCGCCGCUGAGGGCGGCAACCGCAAGGAUGGGGCCGUGAAGCACCAGCAGGCGCAGCAGGGGAUGAUAUCUUGGCCGUUCGUGCGCUCGACCUACUUUUGGACCAAGGCGGUCAGCACGGUGCCUGCUCUGAGGCCGCUGGCCUAUCCGCUCUUCAUGGUCAUUCUCGGAGCGGUCAAGAGCAAGCUCACAGCUCUGAAUUACUUCCCUUUCGUGUAUCAUGGCCUCGUCUGCUUGAACCGCCUGGGGUCCGCGCUGGAGUCGUUUGUUCCGAUCUCUUCGCACCUUUUGAAGUCCUUCGACGUGCUAUUCCAAGCUAUGGACAAGGCAAAGAAGAAGAAAGGAGACACGGGCUCAAAAGGCGGCAUUGCACGGGCUCCUGAGCUCGAGGUUCUACUCCGGCUCAGCGAAGGACAGGUAAUGGAAUCUAUGACGUUGGAGACUGUUGGGAGUAGUUUGUGUUUCUUGUUUACCGAUCACUUGGGUCUCCUGAGCCAGUCCCCGUCUUUCCCCGAGAUAUCUGCAACUGUCAUGCUGCACCUCAGAAAGCACAGCAAGCACUGUUCCUCAGAGUCCUUGCGGCACCAGCUCAAGAGCCUCGUGGCCUCUGCCGAGACGAGCGCAGAGGACAUCCGGAGCAGGCGAGAGGCACUGGCGGAGGCGCCCUCCUUCAAGAAGUUUCUCCUCUUCCCGCCCGACUCUGCCAUCGCGAAGGCCCGCGCAGCGGCGCUGAAGAGGCGCGCGGAGGAAGACAAGAGCCGCGUGGAGGCGGAGAUGCGGGAAGACCGCGCCGCGGCGAGCGGCAAGAAGAAGGGCGGCAACGACCCCCGGGGAGCUGUCGACGACGCCCUCCAGAGAGAGGCCCCCGUCGAUUCCGCCCCCGGCGAGGGGACCAGCAAGAAGGCCCUCAAGAGGAGGAGGCUGCGGGAGGCGAAGGAGAAGUUGGAGUCGAAGGCGGCGGACGAGCGCUCGGAGGCGAAGGCGAAGAGGGCGCGCGGCGGCACGGCCGCGGCGGCCAGCGACGCCGGCAAGGACGUCGUGGAGGAGAUGGGCUUCUCGGAGAGCGAGUGA